AUGGAGAAAAUUAUGAAGGACAAUGGUGCCGUUCCCCAAAUGGAUGCCAUAGAGGAUUUGAGGAAUGAGGUUGCUCAACUGCAGCGGUCUGUGGAGCAACUUAAGGAUGCAGUUGCUGCACAGACUGCAUAUAUAAAAAUAUUAAUAAAAAAUUCGGUAGAUGCGACAAAAGUGGAUGAGUGGGAGUUCCCAAUUCAAUCACCAAUGGAGCUCCUUAAAAUGGAAGGAGAUAUAAAAACUAGGAAUAGAGGCAUAUUCGUCCAGAAGCUGAGGAAAAUACUCUCCGAAACGAGCCUUUCAAAAUCGAUCAAGAAGGUGCUGAGUAGAGAUAUAAUAUCCACCAACAACGUGGAUGGAGUUAGUGGAAAGGAUGGCCUCAAAACUUUUAAAACUUUCUUCCCAAUUUUACUAGAGGCGAUUUCUCUUGUCAAUCCGGCGGUACUUCCAGAAAGACAACUGCGACAGGCCUUGGCACUGGCGAAAAAUGCCGAAAAUAAAGCAAAAUAUAAGAAAAAGAAAAAUAAUAUAAGUGUAAUAGAAGAGGAAAUUGUAAAUGAGUCAGAAAAUUAA